AUGAAGUUGAAGCAGUUCGAGAUUAUCUUCGGCAACCCUGAACGGGCCUACUUUGCCGGUCAAGAAGUUUCCGGAAAGGUGAGGAUGCAAACAGUCGCAUGUGAUUAUAACCCUGAAUCACAUUUGUUGUUUAUGGCGAACCAUAACUUAUUGUUAUCAUUGAAACUCUCAGUCUUUUCAUUAUUAUGAUUGAUAGUAUUAUCACAUAAUUCUUUUAUCUCCCCCAUAUCAUUAACAUUUUUUAUCUAAUUUGUGGUUAUAUUCACCAUGAUCCAAUUUUGUGGCUCAUUUGUUUGCAACUUUUAGAUCCUAUUGGAAUUAGAGGAGGAAAAACAAAUUAACGAAAUUUUAUUAGAGUUAAAAGGAAGGGCAAAAACUUAUUGGAGUAAACAUUCCGGCAAGUCCAAGACCCACUGCACCCAAAGCGAGCCCUAUUUCUGCGAGCAGUUUAACACCAAGUUCACCCACUCGUUCGAGAAGAAGAUCAAUGCCAAAAACACCGUAAGUACCACCUUAACACAGACAAAAUGAUCCAAGCUUUUAACUACCAAUUAUGGUUUAUAUUUGGAGUGAUAAAACCGAAAAGAUCUUAAAAAUAAUGUCAUUACCGUAAUUAGCUUUAAAACACAAGCUACUAAACUAUCUUGCUCACAACCUAAUUACAGGAGAGAACCAUUCCAAAAGGUAUCCAUGAGAUUCCUUUCUCCUACACUCUUCCCAAAAACCUGCCGACUUCGUUUGAAGGAGAAUAUGGUUUUGUACGAUACACUUGUCGCGCAAUCUGUGAACGACCGUGGGACUUUGAUAUUGUGUCGGUAUGCCCAUUCACGGUAAUCGGAAUAGAAGAUAUUAACCAUGAGAGUGAAGUGAGUUUGUGUUAUGAUUUGUAUUUGUUCUUAUAGACUUCAAGAACAUGUAUUGUGCUAAAACAUAUCUAAUCUUUGGUACCAUUAAAGGCCAUGGAGCCGGCUAGCGCCUCGGAAACAAAUCGCAAAGUCUCCUUUUGUUGUCGUCGUCAAGGGAUUAUUCACGUUGAAUUACAACUUAAUCGAACGGGAUACACGCCCGGAGAGAAUAUACUCGUAAACGCUGUCAUAAACAAUGAAACCCAAAAGAAUAUCAAGUCUUCCAGUGUCAGAUUGAGACAGAACGUUAAUUACAAGUAAGAUUUUAAUCAAGAAAUCGACCUUAAUUGAAGAAAAGUUUAAUUAACGUACCUAAAAAGCCGAGAAACCUACUAAAAAACUCUUAAGACUGUACGGAUGUGUACAGGGCCGGGCGGGGACUUUUGGUCUGGGAGUGGGGUCCAAAAACUCGGCACAGGUAAGCUACCUGUGCCGUUUUUUUGCAUAAUUUUUUUUUCCGAAAAUCCACAGGGGGGACCACGUUCAACUUUUUUCAAAAAUUUUUUUUUCUGAGGGGGGGGCUACCCCCCCCCCGUCCCCCCCCCCUCGCGCCCGGCCCUGGAUGUACAUACACAUUGGCAUGGCCAUUAAUAUAAUAUGACUAUUAUAACCAUAUCAAGACGGCCAUACCGUAAACAACCCCUUUUUAGAGCCAAAACCUUCCUCGGCGUCGAAUAUACAAAGAACAUGAACAAAGUGAUAACACAGAUAGAGAAGGGGGAAAUACCUCAAAACUCUGAAUUCAAAUGGAACAAUGAUGUUAUCCAAAUACCAGCCCUGCCCCCAAGGUUAACAAAGUGCAACAUAAUUGUGAUAAAUUACUGUAUAGAAAUUGAGGUAAAUUCAAUUACAAUAUCCAACAAAAAACUGAAAUAACAAAACUAACGUACCUAUUGUUCAGGUGGAUACUGUUACCAUCAACAUCCCGAUAUUCAUCGGCACAAUCCCUCGGAUCUCAGACAUCGUCAACAAGUUGAGUAUGUCCGUCAAUGAAGCGCCUUUCCCUAUCCAAGUUACGGUGACAGACGACUCCGGCAACGUUACCACACCUAAAAAGGACGACACAGACUUAAUAAGCGAAGAGACAGAAGCCCUGAUUCUCUCCAAAAAACGGGUCAGAAUGCCAAGUUCAAUCCUCAGCGAGCUCUACCCCACGUUACCUUCUCCUUACUACAGGUAAAGAUGCAAAACGAAUUAAUUACAUACCGGUUUUAGGGAAUCCUACUUCGGGAUCAUCGACAUUGCAGAAGAAAAAGAGUCCAUCCAAUACGGUAACACACGAUAUGCGCCCAAAUAUCCGUUUUACAAAGACUAA